AUGGCGGACUCAAUGGCUAACAGUGUGGAAGAUGUUUCUCAGCUGCUGUUGAGAGCCGUACACGGCAUACAGCGUGAAAAUAUCUACAUGGUUCUGAUAGUGUUGAUACUUGUUUUUCUCGCAUUCUUUGGUUCGACGAUUUUCUCAGAUCCACGGCGCAAGCACAUGCCGCCGGCGCCCCCAGCAUUUCCCAUCGUCAACCAUACUUCAUAUCACAUGAAAGAUGAAGCCAUCACGAACGCAAUCAAGUGGGCGCGCAAGUAUGGCGAAAUCUACCGCACCAGAGCCGGGGCCACCGACUUUAUCUGGCUCAACUCUCCAGAGGCCGUGAAGGAGAUCAUCGACCGAAAGAGCGCUAUUUACUCCAGUCGCCCACCGAUGCCGAUGGCUUUGGAAUCAGCCAGCGGAGGACGUAGAGUGGUCAACAUGGAGCACGGCGACCGCUGGCGGACCAUUCGAACCAUUCUCCACCGUCUUCUGACUCCCAAUAUGUCAAAAUCCUACGCUCCGGCCCAGCUGUAUGAAGCGAAACAACUCUCAGUCGACAUCCUGGACAACCCUAAAGAUACUUAUAUGCAUAACCGACGGUAUACAUCUAGCCUGAUCAUGCAAAUCACUUAUGGCCGACGGCUUCCACAAUGGGAACACCCGGAUCUCGAGAAGAUUUUCCAGGUCCUCCAAAGAUUCGGCCAUAUUCGACGCCCCGGAAAUUGGCUGGUCGACAGCUUCCCAGCGCUCGCAAGGUACAAACUCUUCGACCUCGUCAGCAACUGGAGGGCGUUUGGGGCGGAGAUACACCGCAAAGACUCAGAGGUAUGGAUGUACUUCUGGCGUCGAAUGCAGGCAGAGGCCGACCAGGGGACGGCCCCGCACAGUUUCGGUAAAGCUUUCAUGACCGGUGACUGGCAGAAGAAGGGCAUUGACGAGCUCCAAGCGGCGUACGUGUUGGGCACGAUCAUUGAAGCCGGUGCCGAGACGACCAGCAUCCAACUCAACAAUUUGAUCGUGGGCGUGCUAUCCCGUGGGAGGGAGGUCCAAGAACGUGCCCAAGAGGAGUUGGACCGGGUUGUUGGCAAAGAAAGAACCCCGACCUUCGAAGACGAGGAGAAGCUGCCCUACAUCAGGGCCAUGGUGAAGGAGCUCAUGCGCUGGAGGUCUAUCAACAAGUUCGGAACAAACCAUUACGCUAUGCAGGACGGUUGGUACAAGGGUUACUUCAUCCCCAAGGGGAGCGUCAUCAUGAUCAACACGUGGGGCAUUCAUUACGAUCCGAAGCGGUUUCCCGAACCGGAGAAGUACGAACCGAUGCGCUUCAUCAAUCACCCCUUGUCCGCGGCCGAGGCGGCCGCCACAGCAGACCCGUAUAUGCGUGACCAUUUUGCCUACGGCGGUGGCCGCCGCAUCUGUCCCGGCAUGCACGUCGCCGAGAGGAGUUUGUUCAUCAAUAUUGCCCGUCUGAUGUGGGGUUUCGACCUGCAACUAGCAAAGGAUGAGAACGGCAGCGAUAUUCCCGUGGACGCCAGCUUCAAGACUGGAUAUCUACCUGGCGGGAUGGCCAUUGCAAAACCAUUCGUUUGUGAUCUUCGCCCGCGGAGCCCGCAUCAUGCCGAGGUGCUGCGUCGAGACUGGGAGGAAGCUCAGGCGAAGGGACUGGAGAUGUCACACAUCGAUUAUAGACCGGAUACAAAGCACAAAGACUGA